AUGAGAGAGGUGAACAAUGACAGAGUAUUCCCGCCGCGAGCGAUGACCCGCCACGACACCGGGGGUCGCGCGGCGGAGAUGCGCCGUGACGCGCCCUCGAAACUGCCCUCGCAGCCUCAUCACACAGAGAAUUUAACUCUUAUUAGGCUAUGUCUACAAUUUCUGCGGGUGAUAUCACAUAUGUAUCGAAAUGUCAAUGCGGCUUUUCCAAGAAUACGCGUGAACUUUACUAAUAUUUCAAAGCGUCCUCUAGUCAAAUUAAAAACAACUGUGAAUAGUUUCCUUAGUUUACGAACUAGUACAGUGUAUUGCGAUUUUAAAACGACGUUAGUUAACGCUUUAAUGCAAUUAUUCGUUGUUGCCAAGUGUAUUGUUAAUAUGAAGGGUAUUAAGUGGAUUUUUGGAAGAAGAAGGAGUGGAGUUAAGCAGGCACGAAUGCUGCUCUUGUUGUAUAUGGGUGGGUUAAGUCGAUAUAGCGAAGGAAGGCCAGAUAACGAUUUGCAUAUCGGUGGUAUAUUUCCGAUGGAAGGUGAAGGAGGAUGGCAAGGAGGUCAGGCAUGUAAGCCUGCAGCUGAGUUGGCGUUAGCUGACGUCAAUGAAAGGUCCGAUCUACUAUCUGGAUUCAAGUUGUUACUGCAUAGCAAUGAUAGCAAGUGUGAACCUGGUCUAGGAGCAAGCGUCAUGUACAAUUUGUUGUACAAUCCGCCUCAAAAGUUAUUGCUUUUGGCUGGAUGUUCAACCGUUUGCACCACAGUUGCUGAAGCUGCUAAAAUGUGGAAUCUUAUGGUCCUAUGUUAUGGAGCAUCGUCGCCAGCUCUAUCGGACCGUGCGCGUUUUCCAACCUUAUUUCGUACUCAUCCGUCUGCUACAGUACAUAACCCCACAAGAAUCAAAUUAAUGCAAAAAUUUGGCUGGUCCCGUAUCGCCAUUUUACAACAAGCAGAAGAAGUCUUUAUAUCAACCGUCGAAGACUUGGAAGCGCAUUGUAAGAAGUCAGGCAUAGAGAUUGUGACCAGGCAGUCCUUUCUCUCUGAUCCGAAUGAUGCAGUACGUAACCUUCGCAGACAGGAUGCCCGUGUCAUAGUUGGUCUCUUUUACGUGGUAGCUGCUCGUCGUGUAUUAUGCGAAGUGUACAAACAUCAACUCUAUGGGAAAUCUCAUGUUUGGUUUUUUAUUGGGUGGUACGAAGACAAUUGGUUUGAAACAAAUUUAGAACGCGAGGGUAUUGACUGUACUGUGGAACAAAUGAGAAAAGCUGCUGAGGGGCAUCUUACUACUGAGGCCCUUAUGUGGAAUCAAAAUGCCAAUCAAACCACAAUCUCAGGAAUGACUUCUGAAGAUUUUAGGUCACGAUUAAAUGAUGCACUCAAAGAGGCAGGGUAUGAUAUUGACGGGGAACGAUUUCCAGAAGGCUACCAAGAAGCACCUUUGGCUUACGACGCCGUGUGGGCCGUUGCAUUAGCUUUUAACAAGACUAUGGAAAAGUUGGAGAAAAGCGGAUUGAGUCUUAAGAAUUUUACGUACACAAAUAAGAAGAUUGCGGAUGAUAUUUAUGAGGCCAUAAAUUCGACCUCAUUUUUGGGAGUUUCGGGUUUGGUAGCUUUUUCCUCACAAGGGGACAGAAUAGCACUUACCCAAAUAGAACAAUUGUCGAAUAAUCAUUACGUAAAGCUUGGAUAUUACGACACACAGGCUGAUAAUCUUACUUGGUUAGAUCGAGAACAAUGGGUCGGUGGAAAAGUACCUCCGGAUCGCACAGUGGUAGUAAAUGAAUUACGUACUGUCUCCCUACCCUUGUUCGCCUGUAUGACUGCUCUGUGUAUUGCCGGCAUCCUAGCUGCCAUCGGCUUGAUAGUCUUCAAUAUAAUGCAUCGGCAUAGAAGAGUAAUACAGUGGUCUCAUCCAGCGUGUAACACAGUAAUGUUAUGCGGUUGCUGUGUUUGCUUGGGUGCAGCAGUCGCCCUCGGUAUUGAUGGCAGAUGGGUAACACCGCAACACUACACAGGACUUUGCGCCACUCGGGCGUGGCUUCUUGCUAUAGGUUUUUCAAUGGCCUAUGGUGCGAUGUUCACUAAAGUGUGGCGUGUACAUAGACAUACGACCAAACCUAAAGCGGAGACGCAGAAACGCAAACAUGGUUGGAAGCUGUACACGAUGGUAGGCGCAUUAUUGGUCGUGGAUGUUGCGUUACUCACGGCUUGGCAGCUUCGUGACCCACUACAAAGACGUGUUGAAAUCUUCCCAUUAGAAACACCUAGGCACCAUGACGAUGAUGUUCACAUAAGGCCUGAAUUAGAGCAUUGCGAAAGCGAACACAACACUAUAUGGUUAGGUGUCAUGUAUGGCUACAAGGGCUUAGUACUGGUAUUUGGAUUAUUUCUCGCGUAUGAGACCCGUUCUGUGAAGAUUCGUCAAAUAAAUGAUUCACGCUACGUGGGCAUGAGCAUUUACAACGUGGUGGUACUAUGCUUGAUAACAGCUCCAGUUACGUUGGUGAUAGCCAGCCAGCAAGACGCUGCGUUUGCCUUCGUAUCACUUGCAAUUGUUUUCUGCUGCUUUCUUAGCAUGGCCCUGAUAUUUAUCCCUAAAGUAAUAGAAGUUAUUCGACAUCCAACGGAACGUAUUGAGAGUGGACGUGGUUCUGGGUCUGGAUCGUCACCAGCUGAUGAAGAGCGAUACCGGGAACUUGUUAAAGAAAAUGAAGAGCUGCAAAAGUUAAUAGCACAGAAAGAGGAGCGCAUACGCGUCCUGAAACAGAAACUGGCGGAGCGUGAAACGGCCGCGGCAGACAGCGUGACGCAAGGUACGGGCGGCGGCGUGCUGGCCGACCUCGCCACCGCCACUUCCGACUAUGGCACGUCCACAAACUACACGCGUUCCUCCCGCGCUUCCGUAUCCGAUCUUGAUUUCUCCGAGAGUUACCUAUAA